AUGGAUAUUGUGGCGUUUUACCAGGACAAUAACGAGAAUUCAGACGAAAAUGCCUUCAAGAAGUUCAACUAUGAUCGCAACUUUUCAGCCUCAUCUGUGAACAAUUCUAUCACACCUCCAGGCACCCCCGGAGCAGUACCGAACCAGAACCUGAGUGGAAGUGUUCGCAAUGUCCUGACGCCUCUGCAAGAUCACAGGAGCCGUAGUAGCAGUGUGAAUGCAAACACCACUGUCCCGGCUGCAUACGAACACCAGUUUAUCCCAUCGAGACCCGCUCCCCGCCCCCCACCACCUGGAUCCACGCCUUCGAUGACGUCGACAUCGACGGCUGUGACUCCCGAACAACACGCCAAUGUUCCUGUGUCUCCAAGCUCUCAAACUUCUCCCAGAGGAAAGUCUUUGGAUGCCAAACAGGCUGCGUUGAUAGCUCAGAAGAAGAGAGAAGACAAAAAGCGCAAGAACCAACAGAUCUUGGCUAAGUUGCAAAGCAUUUGUACGAAGGGAGACCCCAACACCUUGUAUACCGAUUUGAUGAAGGUCGGACAAGGAGCUAGCGGAGGGGUUUACAUUGCACACGAAGUCAGUAACAAGUCCAGUACGGUUGCCAUUAAGCAGAUGAACUUAGAACAGCAGCCCAAGAAAGAAUUGAUCAUCAAUGAGAUUCUUGUCAUGAAGGGUAGUAAGCAUCCCAAUAUUGUGAACUUCAUUGAUUCUUACCUUUACAAGGGCGACUUAUGGGUGGUUAUGGAGUACAUGGAAGGAGGAUCGUUAACCGAAAUCGUCACCCACAGUGUGAUGACCGAGGGCCAGAUUGGAGCUGUUUGUCGAGAAACCUUGAAAGGCUUGAAAUUUUUGCACAGCAAAGGUGUCAUCCACAGAGAUAUCAAGAGUGACAACAUUUUGUUGAACAUUGAUGGAAACAUCAAAAUGACCGAUUUUGGGUUCUGUGCUCAAAUCAACGAGAUCAACCUCAAGAGAACAACCAUGGUGGGUACCCCCUAUUGGAUGGCCCCCGAGGUGGUCAGCAGAAAGGAAUAUGGGCCCAAGGUGGAUAUCUGGUCUUUGGGAAUCAUGAUGAUUGAGAUGAUCGAAGGUGAACCUCCUUACUUGAAUGAGACUCCUUUGAGAGCAUUGUACUUGAUAGCCACCAAUGGUACCCCCAAAUUAAAAGAACCCGAAGCUUUGAGUUACGAUAUUCGCAAGUUCUUGUCGUGGUGUUUACAGGUGGACUUCAACAAGCGAGCUGACGCUGACCAAUUGUUAAAUGAUAAGUUUAUUGUUGAAAGUGACGAUGUUAGUCUGUUGUCGCCAUUGGUUAAAAUAGCUCGGAUGAAAAAGGCCAGUGAGAGAGAGGACGAUUAAACAAUAAUUGUAUAUAUAAUAAUGUGUGUAACAAUAAUAUAAUCUAACCCCCCAUUGAAUUAUGACGUAGCACUGUAAACAGCCGACAGAUUAUGUUCCUAAUUGGGACAUUGUGAUGUGAUCGUGUAGGGGCUAUUGUUGCACAACUCGCGUUACAUUGUUAACCCAAACCCAGGACCGGAGGACCGAGAACAAAUACAUAGAAAGUUGUUACAACAGUAGGGGUUGAAGGUGCCCGGUGAGAAGAGCUGCAUUAAAGCCUGACACGGGUGAUGGAUAAUUAGAUGUAUCCAAUGACAGAAAUUCAAUUCCAACGUCGGACUUAAUGUGAUGUAAUAACGCGCUGGAACUCGCAUGUGCUUGCAGGCAGACGAACAGGUACACGGGGGCUGCGAACCAAUUCCCCUUUAUAACUGCGGAGGAUCGGCGUGUGUGCAUACAGCCACCACUCAGGGACACUUUCAACAAUAGAAAAACUUUUUGUACCUUAAUCAUUUCCUCCUGAGUAUAAAUUCAUCAACAUACCCCUUGAAUAACAAAUGUAC